AUGUCUGCAAAGGAGCAGCAAGAAACUCCUUCGGGCUCUCUCCUGGAGUCCAGCGAACCGAAAUAUUCUUUUUUGAAGUACUUUGACGCGGAGGGAAAGGCGCAGGCCUUGCGCGUGCUGCGGUGUCUGUACAUCUUGUGGUUCCUGACUGUCGCCGCCACUGUCGCCGCGCUCGCUCUGAGUCUCACUUUUACUUUUCACCCUUUGGCUUUGAACAGCGCCUUCAACUGGCGAGUGCUGCACGCAGCAGCAAACACUUUGCUGCUGGGGCUGGCGCUGGGCGCGGGCCUCUGGGGGGUCCACAGCAGCAGCUCCGGGCUGCUGCAGCACAGCGCGCUGCUGCUGCUGCUGCUCUCUCUCUCUCUCCUUUUGCCUUUCUUUGCAAACUUCACUAUUCUCCUCACAGCCCCCCCGCCCCCUCCAGCAGCCCCAGACCUCGCAAAGACUUUUUCCAAACAACUCCUCACCGCCCUCACUGCCACCAGCGCAGUCGCUGCGGUCUUCGCCUUCAUGAGCGGCCUUCAAGUCCGCACUCUCUCGCGCCUUUUGUGGGAAACCAUGCCGCCCAUGCCCGCAGCAGCGUCCAAGCUCUAA